AAAGUCGUCAGUCUUCUAUAAACUAUCGUGAAAUACUGUUACAAAGCGAUGAAAAUCCGAAUUUUGUUGCUUCUCUUCCUUCUGUCGCUACUGACGACGCAUCAUGUGAACGCAGGAAGAUUCUCUUCCAGAGGUUCGUCACGAAGCUCGUCGUCACGAGGCUCGUCGUCACGAGGCUCGUCGUCACGAGGGUCGUCGUCUUCCUCAGGCGGAUAUUCUUCGUCAAGACAUACCUCUAGUUCAAGCUCUGGAAGUUCCUCAGGUGGACACUCGACGGGUUCUUUCGGACACGGAACUUCGUCAGGCGGCCACACGACGGGAUCACAUCCGACUGGAUACGGAACUUCGUCAGGCGGCCACACGACGGGAUCACAUCCGACUGGANACGGAACUUCGUCAGGCGGCCACACGACGGGAUCACAUCCGACUGGAUACGGAACUUCGUCAGGCGGCCACACGACGGGAUCACAUCCGACUGGAUACGGAACUUCGUCAGGCGACCACACGACGGGAUCACAUCCAACUGGAACUUCGUCAGGCGUUCAUAUGACAGGAUCAAAUCCACCUAGAUACGGAACUCCAUCAAGUCAAAGCGCGAGUCAGCAAAAUAAAGACUCGUCUACGUCUUUCUUGCAAGCUGAAGGAGGAGGCGCUCGUCGACCUUCGAAUCCUCAGGGAAGUCAAGCAGGAAAACCAGGUGUAGCAACGGAUAAUAAACAAACUUCUGCACCGUAUAAUCCGUCCGCGCCGUACAAUCCAUCUGCGCCGUAUAAUCCGUCCGCGCCGUACAAUCCAUCUGCACCGUAUAAUCCGUCCGCGCCAUACAACCCGUCAGCUCCAUAUCGUCCGUCAGCGCUGCCGACCGAUUUGUCAAAAUCCAAUGUACCUUUGCAAAAUCACGCUCCAACUUCUUUCGGUCAACCAAGUGCGCCGUACAAUCCGACACAGGGAACUGCACCUCACAAUCCGCCGUGGAGCAAUCCUCACUACAAUCCGAGCCAUUCUUAUCCACCAAAUCCGGCGUCUACCAAUAUAGGAUUCAAUGAUCAAUUACGUCGUCCUACAUCGAUGCCGGUUCCUUCCGCAUCUUAUCCCACAUACGGUUCCAAUCCUCACUCUCCUCCUUAUCCGACACAUACUUUUGGCCAUUCGAAUCAACCUCAUUCCGCAUACAAUCCUGGCUAUCCCCAUUCAACAGUCGGACACCCGUCCAGUUAUCCGUCGCACAUCCCGCCACCAGUACCGGGUUCCUUCGGAAAUCCUUACUCCACACAUCCCGUCGGCGGAGCGUACGGUCCAGGUGGUUACAGCUACCAGCCUCAGCAACACGUUCUGUCGCAGCCGGCGGCGCAACCGUAUAUACCUGGACAAACGGUUAUUAUGGUUCCCGGUCAGCAAGAUAGUGGCAGAGGCUUCGGCCAAAUGGUGAAAGAAGCGCUGGUUUUCUCCACCAUCAACGCUGGUGUGAACAGACUGAUUAAUCCGCAUUCUCAUUACGUCCAGCCAACGAGCGGCAGUGGCACUGGUGGUAGCACGAGUGAAACGCACAUUACAAACAAUUAUUUCAACACUGCUCCGCCAAGCGGCACUCCCGAGAUACCGGCUUCGCCGAAUGCACCCCAGCAAAACGUCCAAUCCAAUCCAAACGUUCCCGCCACAUAUCCUGCCAGUUAUCCGAGCUCAGUGAACAAUCCGGCUAUCACUUCGGGUAUAUCGAUUCCUACAAUCGCCGGAAAUAAUGUAACGUAUCCCGCUGGCACAACGGGCACGACUAGCAACGCGGGAAGUCCUCCGGUUGUACCUCCUAGUGGACUGCCUGCUGGCAAUACAACGAACCAUCAAGGAACUUCCAAUCAAGGAACACCUGUUUAUUCCUCAUGGUAUAAAAUAUCGGACAACGAACUGUGGAUGCUUACUGAGGAGCUGUUCACGAUACAGGAGUACAAUGUAUCUCAGUACUUGACGAUACAUCUUCAGAACAAAUCUGAGAAUGUAACCGACGCGGCUAAGGGAAGCUUGAUUCACGUAGAAGAGAAUAUGUAUUAUCUCCCGACGAUUCUGGCUAUUCGAGCGCUCUAUGACAAUUACGAGCACAACUCAACCGUGAAGGAGAACCGUACCGCCGAAAAGAGGAGAGAAGAGGAUCUUUUGUUGGACGUGUUCCUGAGCACAAACGUGAUGACUAGAGCGAUGAAAUGGUUGUCGGAACGAGGUUUCAUCGAUCCAGACGACUUCGAGCGGAAAGACAUUCUGCGGCAUAUCUGGUUCAGUCAGUUCAAUGGGGCCACUUCGGGAUUCGAACGGGUGUUCGUGUCCGAGAGAUACGGCGCUGAUCUCCUGGGUGUGCAGGACUGGAUUUACUUCGAAUAUCAAGAGUCGAAGAACCGUAUCGAUUAUAUGGGAUACGUGGACACUCUCAAGCUCGGUGAUAAUGCCUCAUUGUUGAAGCUGAACUUCAGAAUGGACGACAUUAUCAGACCGAACGCGACGAUAUUUGUGGGUACUCUUCCCGAGCUCGAAAUGGCUCUGUACACGAUAUGCUUUUAUGCCAGACCGAACGACUUGUGUCCCGUUUCUCUCGGCGGGGCCAAGUUCAACAUUUUCACACAUUCGUUCAGAUAUUACGGGAAAGAUCUCAUAGAUCUCGCGCUUCCCAUGUUCUGAUUCUUACAUGUUGUAUGAAAUAAAUGCUAGCUCCGCACAUCAAGAUCAAUUUCCAAACAUAUGUAACAUUGUGAUAUAAUGAAAAGCGUAGUGUGUGUUUUUUUUAAUGGAAAUACAACAAAUGUAAUAUACAAUUUUUUUUUAACAAUUAAUAGACAAAUAAUUAUGACAGUUUGUCAUAACCACGUAAACCACAA